AUGGAGUCCGCCGGCCCCAUCGAGUCAAAGCACUCCUUUGCCCAUAGGCUCAAAGUAUUGAUUCUCGGAGAUGAGGCAAAGACCAAGGAAGAAAGAUGGCUUGUUCAGAAGCUAGACUUCUUCAUUCUUACAUACUGUUGUCUGAGCUUUUUCUUCAAUUAUCUCGAUCGAUCUGCUUUCGCAAACGCCUACGUUGCAGGCCUACAGGAAGCAUUGUCGCUUUCUGGUAACCAAUAUAAUAUUCUCCUAUCGAUGACUACAGCUGGAUAUGUUAUCGGCCAAAUUCCCCAUGGCAUUGCAAUCCAGAAAAUUGCGCCUCGAAUUUGGUUUCCCUCAAUGGUCAUUAUAUGGGCAGGUCUGACAGCGUCAAGUGCUGCUUGCAAAACCUAUGAACAGCUUUGUGCCGUCCGCUUUCUCAUGGGCCUCAUCGAGGCCUCUACAUACUGCGGUACAAUUUACUGCAUUGGGUCAUGGUAUAAGCCUCGUGAAAUUGCGAAGCGAACUGCUAUAUUCACUGCAUCUGGCCAAGCUGGUUCAAUGUUUGCUGGAAUAAUGAUGACGGCCAUAUACAAAGGCAUGAGCGGAUAUGCUGGUCUCGAGGGAUGGCAAUGGGUAUUCAUAAUUUGCGGUAUCAUUACAUGCCCCAUCGCUAUCAUGGGAUUCCUCUAUUUCCCCGACAUUCCAGAAACUACGAAAGCUCGCUGGCUUAGUGAAUCCGAAAAACGACUCGCAUUGGACCGCCUGCCUCCUAAGAAGGCAGAUGGACACAACAUCAACCCGUGGUCCCUUGCUAAGCGCGUGUUCGGGUCGCCUGCAUUUUACAUCCUUUGCCUGUUCGCGACGGUUUGCUCCGCCUUAGAAGCCUUUUGUGUCCAGAAUCUCUACCUCCUCUGGCUGAAGUAUUACUCCAAAGCCGGCUAUUUCACUCAAACCCAGGUCAAUACCUAUCCUCUUGGAAUCCAAGCAAUGGGUAUCGUGUCGAACCUGAUGGCAGCAGUUUAUAUUGAUGCCACCGGCCGGAGAGUUCCCAUGGGUAUUCUUGCCUGUGCGCUUCAGCUUGUUGUGACCACUAUCUUAUUCAUUCGCAGCUCUCCAUGGGCGGCCAUCAUGUUCGCCUUUUAUUUGGCCGGGACUUCCUACAUCGUCAAUCCCCUUCUUUUCGGAUGGGCAAACAUUAUCUGCCAGAGAGAUGGCGAUGAUGCUCGCCGAAGUGUUAUUCUCACCAGCAUGAAUGCCUUUGCGCAGAUUCUCUACACCUGGUGGGGUAUUGUGCUUUUCCCGGCAAAUGAGGCCCCGUACUGGAGAAACGGAUAUAUCGGUAUGGUUGUUGUCAUCGCGGUGAUGUUUUCACUGCUGUGGGUUGUGCUUUGGCUUGACCGCCGUACCGCUCUACAGUAUCCAGAGGCUGCAUUUUUCGACGCCCCAGAGACUGUCCAGUUAGCUGCCAUCAAAGGAGAUAUGGUUGUUGAUGUCACUAAAAAUGAUGCCGAGUCGAAAGUUGAGGGCAAGGCGAAUGAUAUCACCACCGUGGCCAGUCUUAAAUAA